AUGUCUGAAAUCAACGUUGCUGCCGUACUCUACCCCAAGCCGGAGAAAUUUGAAGAGGUCGCCGCCCUCGUCACCGAAGUCGUCAAGAAAGUACAAGAACACGAGCCCGAUACCCUGGUCUACUACGCAAUCAAAGUGCAGGACAAGAACGAAAUUGUCAUUAUUGAGAGGUACAAGGACCAAGCGGCUAUUAAGGCGCACACCAAGAGCUCCUACUUCCGCGAGUUUGCCUCCAAACUACCAGGCUUGAUGGCGAAGCCUGCCGAGAUGCGGGCGGGCGCAUUCCUGAACGGCGCGCGGGGAGUGUCGCGGCUGUAG